GACACUUCACCAAUAAAUGGUAGUGAAGUGUUUUUCUCACGGAACAUUUAUGAAAAAUAUUCUUUGGCUCCAACCCUCUUUGACCUGUGGAUUUUGUCAAACAAACAUAAAGAAGAAAAUGUAGAGGCAUCAGUUAACGCUGUAGAAGAUGAGAAAACAUUUAACAAACAGUCUGCAGCUUCAGCUGAGGAGGAAGUUAGAUCCACGGCUUAUGAUAAUCCUUUUCCAGAGCCCAGAAUCCCAUAUCCUUAUGUCUCUAAUCUGACUGAGAAGGAGCAGAAGACAUAUUUAUAUCUAAUGACUAAGUUUUCAAAAAAAUGUGUACCCCACCAAUUUAGUGUAAAAUAUGAAAGAGAAUAUUCCCAGUACUUGCAAAUGAAGGAAUUUGUGAACCGUGAAAUAGCAGACUUUUUAAAGUUUGCACAAAAUGCCGCAAAAAGUUGCUUUCAGGAUUAUGAUAUCAUCUCUGAGGAUGCACUGCUUUAUACUGAGCAAUUUUUAAGUGCUAGCAUUGCACGUGUGAAGAAGUACCCUGAGUUUUACAGCCUCCUUGACAUCACCAGUAUCAUGGGAGGCAAAUUUAAUACAGAACUGUCCUUGAAGCUGGAGAAAAAUCUUCUUGUAUUGGGAAAGGCAAGAUUUGUUAAAGUAUGUUCACCUGCCAUGCAGAUGCAACUACAGCUCUCCACGGAUUAUAAAACUAUAGCAUCUGUUGCAGCCCCGGAACAGAGAGCUUCUGCUAUCCAUGAUGACAUUAGUUUGGAUCCAAAUGCUGAAAAACUUGCUUUAAGAUACUAUCCUCAAGUAGUUUUAAACAGUCUGACAUUAUUUACUUUGUUGAAUAAUCAUGGACCAAGCUACAAGGAACAGUGGGAAAUCCCUGUUUCUGUUAAAAUGAUUCCUGUUGCAGGUGCCAAACCAGUCAAAGUGGUAUAUAUUGGCUCACCACUCCCCAAAAAGGAGAUUACUAUCAGAGAAAAGAAUCAAAUUUUUCAUGAAAUCCCGUUGGAUUGCUUGACUUCCAAAAAUUCAUCUAUUCCGGUCUCAGCUGUAUUGAUGGACAAUUCAUCCGAGGAAAAUAUUGUUCAGUGGAAUAUGCCUCCCGAUACUUGUCAGUUAAGGAGGAUUCAGACUCCAGACCAUGGGGAUCUAGACUUUGACAAUGAUGUCACAGAAUUAGAAACUUUUGGAACAACAUCUAAACCCUCAAAGACAUCCAAAAUGGAAAAUGCUCCUGCUAAUGUAUGUAAAACUCAAUCAGGCAAGCUAAAAAUAGAGAAGCAGUUGGUAUCUGCUGUAAGUGUUUGUGCCGAAGAGAGAAGAAGCAAAGGUAAUGAACAGGAAUUUUCAGCUUGUACUAAUAAGCAGAAUGUGAACAAGACACAGCUACCAUCACUGAAUGGUGAUGUCGUGUGGACUAAUUCGGAAGAAAAUUCCUCUAAAGGCCUUGAUUCAGAUGAAGUUGAGUUAAAUGAUGAGCAACAUGGUAUGGCCACAAACGAAGUAUUAGACAACUGUACUUCUACUAAAACUGAUAGUUUCAAGAGAGAGUCUGAAAUUACAGAAGCAAAUGGGACUCCUGUUUCUUUUUACAGUAGUGACACUGACGAAGAACGUUUGAUUAUUGACAUAGAAAAUAAAAGUAGGGAAUAUCGCAAAGCAUCCGUUUUUAGUUCUAAUCCAGAUUCUGUAGAAGAUGCAUCUAAACCACCUUCCUCAGUACAAAUGUCUUCAAGUAAUUUGGCUAAUUCUUCAGAGAGCCAAGACCAGAAAAAAAUUGCUUCCAAAAAACCUUUCAAAAGACUGUGUAAAGAACUUGAUCCUCUUGGACAAAUUUUGAAAAUGCAAACUGAACUCCUUAAGCCACCUUCCCCAAAAGCUCCUGAGCAGCCUCUAGUAAAUUGUGAUAGAAGUUCUAAUCCUACACCGAGCCUUGUGUCGCCACCUUCAAAACCCACUCUAUCUUCCAUUGCAGAGCCUGCUGCAGAUAUGAGCAACUUACCUAAACUUACAUGGACUUCACAUUUUCAGGCAAAAGGAUCACUCCCAACUAAACUUCAGUCACUUGUUGAAGACAAUUCAGAAUAUACAGCUCCUCAGGAUGGCAAUCUUGUAUAUAAAUUGUUCAGUCUGGAUGACUUGCUGUUACUUGUGCGUUGCAAUGUGCAAAAAGUAAGGACAGGGACACGGACCUGUAAAAAAGAAAAAAAAAAGCAUAUUCCAGUUUAUGUAUUGCCAAAAGUAGAAUAUCAAGCCUAUUAUGGAGUAGAAGCUCUUACAGAAAGUGAAAUAUGUCGGUUGUGGACAGAGAGCUUAUUGCAUUCUAAAUGCUCGUUUUAUGUGGGACAUAUUGAUGCCUUUACAUCAAAGCUCAUUAUGCUUGAAGAGAUUUCUCCGAAACAGUUAAAAGAAAAAUGUGGAUCAUUUAAGCCUGCAAAUCCAUUAAAUAUUCUUCGACAUAUCUUGAAGCAAGUGAUUGAUUUGCAGGAAGGCUCUUACUUAUUGACUCAUGCUUCAGAAGAUUCGUCAGUUGCAAUCUACCAGAGCUGUCUCGGGAAAGUGACUAGAGCAUCAUAUAAUUUACAUAAAGCUCACUGCAGUCUACCUAAUAUACCUUCCACCCUUUCAGUUCCAUGGGUACCAUUAGAUCCCAGCCUCCCUUUACCUUUUCACUUGAAUCACGGAAGAGUCCCAUGUACCUUUCCACCUAGACCCCAAGAAACUAUGAGAAAACAGAAGAUGGAUUGGGCAAAAGCACACACAGACACACCCAACAAUGAAAAGCCAGUAUCCAUGGAAACAAAAAGCAAUCCCUUGCCAGCUAAGACUCUUAGAAAUGAAGGUGUGGCUGCAAAGAAACUGAAGAAAAAUAAUGGCAAACGGGCAAAUAAGAUGAAAAAGUUGAAAAAGAAAUAAAAGGAAACUCAAGCAAAGCAGGAAUAUCUUAGCUACAGUGAGAAAACAUGGAUUGGAAAAAAAGUAUCAGACAAACAACGUUUAUUUUUCUUAGUGCUUCAGAGAAGCCAGAAUGCCCUGGCAGAAGUGAGAGCUGCGCGGCCAUGUUGAGGAAGGUUGUGAAAUGCAAUGAUCUCUUAACCCUUUCUUAACUCACUAAAUGCAAUUCAGAUGUGAACAUAUUCUCUUAAGUUAGCACAUGAGAAGAAAAGUCAGGUGUCUACAAUUGAUGUUUAUAGGCAAAAGUGACUAUCAUAACUGCUUUCGUUUUUAUAAUAAAACUGUAAUUUGAGAAAAGAAGCAUGAAUUGACAUCAGCAUUCAAUAUUACAUAAAAAUGGAGAAAAGCACUUUUCCCAACUGUUUUGUAUUCUUUUUCCAGAGUUCAUUGCAGAUGUGUAUGUUUGAUAUUGUUACUUGAAUUUUGUACUAAUUUUAAAUGUAAAAUGCAGCAUCAGCAGUUUGAAUUUAAUUAGCUCAUGUUCUUAAAAAAGCAGGGUGUGUUCUGUCCAGUUUGAAAAGAAAAUAUUACCCUUGAGAAUAAGAAAUGCUCCUUCAGGUUUGUGUAGUCAACUGCAUUUGAAGAGCAGCAUUUCUUGUUUGCACAAGCUUUGUGUCUUUCGAAAAUUCCAUUGUUGAAAUAUUCAUUGGCCUUAGUGGGCCUUCAGGUCCUAAGAAAGUUAAAAUUGACUUCACUAUUGUCUCAAGAUUAGUUUUUGGUGUUAAAUUCUUCCAAAACCUUCAGAUCCCAAGAGUAAGUGUGUUGGUAAUGUAGUACUGAAUGACGGCAGCCUCAGUCGUUUUGUAGGAAGACUGUUGUCAGAAUCAGUAGCAUUCCAUGCAAGCACAAAAAGUUUCACCCACAUGAAGAAGUUUCAGGGUCUGGGCUUUAGUUACUAUUACAGGGGAAAGCCAGAUAUUUAGAUGGUUCAACAGUUCACUUGUAGUUUGUCUAAAUCAGGUGGGCAAAAGGGCCUCCACUUCAAAGUGCUGCAUGCUCCUUUCAGGGUGGGAAGAGACUUCACGCGCUCCCCCUGCCAUCAGACCAAUCAGAGCUUGGGGGCAGGGGGAGCAUGUGAAGUCUCCUCCCGCCCUGCAAGGGGCUCAGCAUUUAAAGUCAACCACCAGCUGCUGCUCAACUGGCGGUUGACUAAGCUCUGUGCUCCCUUGCAGGGUGGGGGCAGAGAGGGAGAGACUUCACGUACUCCCCUCCUCCUAGGCGCUCAUUGACCUGGGGACUGCAAAGGGAGCAUAUGAAGUCUCCUCCCACUGCCAGAACAGCUGGUGGUUCUCUCUGGGGGCGGGGUGGAGAAGAUUUUGCGUGCUCCCCCACCCCCAGACCAAUCAGGGUCUGUGGGUGGGGAAACACAGAAGUGUCCUGGCCCCACCCCUUGCAGGUGGUCUGGGGCCACUUCAGAAAUUUCUGAAGUAGCCCUUGGUCAAAAAUUAUUGCCCACUCCUGGUCUAAAUUCACCCCAUUCAUCAUGGCUCCCAAAGAUACAAAGAGGAAAAUUCUUGGCUAACAUUGAUAAGUGUGACAUGUUUUCUUUUUGAGUGAAUAUCAGUAAAAUUGUGCUCUUGUAAAUUGCCAUAUUUGUAAAAUGCUAAAAAGAGAUUAUAAAUCCUAUGCAUCACAGAUUGAUUGUCAAUAUACAUAGUUUAUUUACAUAAUUUAGAAAUGUUCAUUGUCAAAAGAAAGGUUUAUGCACGCUGAUUGCUAUGUAUCAUAGUGCCUUUGAGGUUUUAACAAAUUGCAGGUCAUGGUUCAAAACUGAAAACUAUUGCUAAAUAGUAUGCCAUGUGUAAUGGGGUUUUUGAUUGCUGCUUAUAACUAGUUAUGAUGGCUCUGAUCCUGAGAGAUGUACAGCUACUGCUGAAUACUCAGGAUUAAGAAUAUAAACUUAAUGACUGUGUUCUUUUAUAGGCCUUGAUUGUGUUCACUGGAGCUGAUCAUAUACACAAAGUGCUUGCAUACAGGUUCAGGGCCUUAGCAGUAAGUUCAAAAUGUUUUGUCUAUUACGUUAACUUCAUUUUUAUGUUCAAAAUUGUUCUACUGUAAUGGACUAUAUACAAAUAUACUUUAAUAUCCUGAAAAUAUGAAUAAAAUAUUUAGUUGUAGUGAGUUUAUAUAUAUUUAUUUUUAAAUCUAAAUGACUUAAUAAAGAAACAGG